CCCCAAAUUACUUUAUCUCUCACAUAAAAAUCCAUCUCUCAUAUAAACCAAACAAAACUCGAAGCACCCGUCAGCAUAGAGCUUCCUGAAACUCUCUUCCAGAUCCCAUUCGAAACGCCACGUUUCAUUCGUUACUUCACGACUCUUCAUCAAGUAUCACACCUCUGCGUCUGAACAUCGGUAAGACAGAGAAGAAGCCACAAAUUACCUGCCAUUAGCAGACUAAAAAGAGAAAUUAAAGAACAAGAAGAAUAUGCAUCCUCCUUUGACGUUGCAUAGACACCCCAUGUGUGCCGAAAUUAUUGAGGAGUUUCAGAAGUGUCAUAUGGACCAUCCUAUUGGGAAAUUCUUUGGUGAUUGUACAAAACUCAAAAUAAAGCUUGAUCGAUGUUUUCGACAAGAAAAAGCAGUGAAGCGCAAGGCAAACUUUGAGCAAAGUAAGAAAUUGAGAGAAAGGCUUCAAGGAUUGAGGAAGGAAAAUGCUGAAGCAGAAGCUUAAUGUUGAAUUUUAGUGCAUAUCAGGUCUCAGUUUAUAAUUACUGCUUUAGUAACUUAAUAAAUCUUCAAGGUUUUUCAUGUAAUGUGCUUCUUCAAGUCUCAAUUUUUUGUAGUUUUAAUUACCGGUCUAGGUCUUUCCUGGUCAUAUUGAUUGGAUUGAUGGUUACCACAACACUUUUUAAAUAUAUGUAUAUUUACAAUAUAUCACAAAUGAAACUUGUGGUUUGAUUGUGUUGCA